AAAGCUUACUCCCCAACUCCCCCAUUCUUCUCCUGAAUAGCCAAAUGCCACUAGAGAAAACCAUACAUCCGUCAGACAGGUCUCUUGGCAAAUUCAAGAUCACCCAUCUCAAGAGGCUCUCAACUCUCCCAGCAUCAAGAAAUACUUGUAGAGUCGGGAAAUAUCCACGGAAGGUGCUCUGGGAAUUCUGAAAUGAAUGGACUGCGUGGAGGUAGAGAAACAAACAAAGAGACAAAGCUAAUAGAUGAGGGCAGAAGGGAACCAAAUGGGAAGAGUAAUUUGGAAGCAAAAGGAAGAGAAGAUUUCAACAAAGCUUGACUACCAUUCCCUCUUAGCUCAGAGUGAACAGGAGACCCAGGGAGAGGGUACUUUGCUGAGAACUGACCAGCGACCGGCUGGCUGCCUAGGAGAACAGACAGCCAUAAUGGAACCCAAACCUCAGAAGAAUCCAGGCAAACAAUUUACAUUUUAUUAUGAAAAUGAAGUCUGCAAACAAGAUUACUUUAUUAAAUCACCACCUCCUCAGCUUUUCUUCUCUGCUUCUUCUUGGAAAAAGCGGUUUUUCAUUCUGUCAAAGAGUGGGGGAAGGAGACUUCACGUCUCCUAUUACAAAGACGACCAUCGCCGAGGUUCCAUUGAAAUUGACCGAAACUCCAGUGUAGAAGUUGGCAUAAGUAGCCAUGAAAAAAUGCAAUCUGUAUGUAAGAUGUUCAAAUGCCACCCUGAUGAGGUGAUGUCCAUCAGAACCACUAACAGGGAAUAUUUCCUCAUUGGCCAUGACAGGGAGAAGAUUAAAGACUGGGUCUCCUUCAUGUUAUCAUUUUGCUGGGACGCCAAAGCAGCACGUCAGAACACAGAGCAGGAGAAAUUCCCCCUGGGUGGUAAAAGGCCUUCUUCAGACCCCAGUCCUCUCCUUGGUCCUUCCAGCGCAUCAGAGGCUGUCAGCCCCGCCCCACCAAGAAAUAGUCUUCCAGACAUGCAUUUAAUGGAAAACAAUUCUCCAGGACUCAGACAAGCUCAUCUGCCGCACGAUUUCUUGUCAGAGACUACUGAAGAGACAGAAGAAGAGAGUCAUUAUGUUAGUCCCCAAAGUAUUCUUUUACAGUUGGAUAGUCUUAUUGCUUCCAAUGAUCCUGGUCAACCUGCUGAACCUGAUAGUCCAGAACAGUUCUCAGAGACAAAUGAACAUCAUUACAUGCCAAUGAAAUCCUGUUUUUUCAGAGAGACAUCCCACAAGUCUGCUGAUAGCAAAGAGGGAUCCCAGGCCCUUCCAGAGAUCCAGAACGGGGGGCUUCACUUGCAAGAACAAGGCUCACAAAGUGACUCUUGUCUUCCACCUGCCAAUAUGGAAGCACAGACCAUGAAUGACAAAAAGGGGUUGGCCUCACUUACUGUUGUGCAAUUAUCUAUACUAAUCAAUAACAUCCCUGAUGAAAGCCAAGUGGAGAAACUGAAUGUGUUCCUUUCUCCUUCUGACGUCAUAAAUUAUCUUAGUCUCAUGGAAGCUGCAGGACGGAUAUGUGUGGCUCAGUGGCAAGGCCCCCCGCACCUGGGAUGUUUAUUUUUUCACGGAGAUCACAUCUUGGCUGUGAAUGACCUGAUGCCCCAGGGCCUGGAGGAGGCUUCCUUGUUUCUCAGUCGGUCUGUCCAGAAGGAGAAAAUAAAACUCACCAUCGGCCGGAUCCCAAAUUCAGAGAAAUUCCAUGCUGUCGCCUGUACGUGCCCCUUAAAAUACAAAGGUGUCGUAUCUUGUCGACUGGGUGAGUCUAGACUGGAGAAGACCCUGAAGAGGAGUCCAGCCAUUAAAAAGGGUCAACACCAACGAACUGGAGAGUCACACGCCAGGACCCACUGCUGAGGAGCAAGGGUGGGCCCUGGACUCUGCUGGGGCCCUGCCUCUCCCUCUCACCGCUGUGUGAGAUAACACACAUCGGCACACCUCUCUGAUUUUCCGUACCUACCCCUUAACGGCGGGGAAAACUAUCACCUCUCCGGCUAUUCAUCAGGGAUGCUGAGAGGGUCGAGGGGGAUAAUGACUGUGGAACGCAGAGAAAAUGUAAGGCCUUGUUAGCUCAGACGUUGUCCCACACACCACAGAGAUUGUUAAGUCCCUCAUCUGAAAUGCACUGUGUGUUCUCUGAGGUCAUGGUCCGCACAAUCCCUUCUUUGUUAGGGAACAUACAGUUGGAAACGCUCAUUCCAGGAAGGCAAGAUUCCCGAGAGACGUGAUACCAUAUCAGCCUUCCCAAACACCUCCCCCUAUUCAUCACACCCACCCAUGGUCCAAAAUGCUGAGGCAGGGCGGCCCCUUGGCUUCAAUAAUCAUCUGGUUUUCUUAAAGACCCAGAAACUAUUCUAGAAGUUGAAGCGGUUUUAGGUCGCCUACAGCAAAGGUCUGCUUUCUCUACAAGUAAUAAGGCAACAACGUAGCACUUGUACAUUUGAAAGGUCGUAACUGAUUGGCGCAUUAACUAAUUGAUCCUACAAGGCCAAAAACGUCAAAUCUUUUUUCAUAAGUAGGAAGACAAAGGCAGCGAAAGGACUAAUCGAAUCCGGGAACGUUCGAGCAAAAGGAGGCUUCAGAAAAUGUAUCUUACUAUGCUGUCAUUUUUGUCCAGGAAGACGUCAAGGCCCCAAACAUUUAAUACAAACAAACAAAACAGAAGCAGACUCAUACAUACAGCGAACAAAAUGGUGGCUGCAGAGUGGAGGUGAUGGGGGGGGGGGGGGGACAGGCAAAGUAGGUGAAGGAGAUUAAGAGGUACAACCCUCCAGUUAUAAAAUAGGGAAUGAAAAAUCCAGCAUGAGGAAUUUGGUCAAUAACAUUGCAAUAACAUUGCAUGAUGUCAGAUGGUGACUCCAUUUAUGUGGUACGCAUGGCAUAAUGUAUAGAACUGUUGAAUCACUAGGUUGGACACCUGAAACUCAUAUACCAUGCUAUGUUUUAAAAAAAUAAUAAUAGUGACAAUAUACUUCCUUUGUAGUUCCCAGUUUCAUAGCUGUUUAGUGACAGACCAAGAAUCUAAAACCAGCUCUGAGAAACAGAUGUCCUGCUCCUCACUUUGUAUUUGGAUUUAGGUUUGAAAAGACCUUGUGCAGAUAGAAGAAACAUUCAAAUACAGUUCAUUUUCUGUUUUCCAGAUUGUACAGAACAUAUACAAAUUUUUAGUUUACUGUUCCUUUUUUUAAAAAAAAUGUUUUAAUGCUUAUUAUUUUUGAGAGGGAGACAGAGACAGAGAGCAAGCAGGGGAGGGGCAGAGAGAGAG